GUGAACACACCUCAAAAAGCUAACAAGGAACGAGCAUACAUGCAUGAUGCAUCCAAAUAUCAUAUACAAAUUAAGCACCUCUGAGACUUGCAAAGACUAGCCAAAGAACUACAUUGAACCAAAAUGGAUAAAAGAAAAACUUCUCCAUAUUUUCUUGAUACUCAUCUUAUUGAUAUCCAUGAAGUCUUACCAGAAGAAGAGGAACAAGAAGAGGGAAUUACUGAAGAGGAAAACGGAAAGGCAGAGAAGAGACUUAACAAACCCAUUAAAGUUAGAGAGAUGAAGGGUAGUAGUCAAAGGCGUUCGAUCAAUAGGCAGGUUUCUCUAGAGACUGGUUUUUCGGUGCUUCGAAAAGAGUCCAACAGGGCUAAAGAUGAGAACAUUGGUGUUAAUCUUCCCAGAAGUGGAAGAAGUUUCGGAGGUUUUGAUUCCAUUAACAGGUUUGGCAUGGAAGGAAGGAAAGGAGACUUCAGCAUCUUCGAGACCAAAUCAUCAAACCCCAGUAGGCAAAACUCUUGGUUGCCAUCAAAAAAGGAAAGAUCAGAGAUGGAGUCUCAGAAGACUGAUGGAGCAGGACUUGAUGAGUCUGUUGAUACAAGUGUUCCUGCUGGCAGAUACUUUGCUGCACUUAGAGGGCCUGAACUUGACCAAGUCAAGGAUGAUGAAGAUAUUCUCCUCCCAAAAGAUGAGCAAUGGCCCUUUCUCCUCAGAUUUCCAAUUGGAUGCUUUGGUAUUUGUCUUGGCCUUAGCAGCCAAGCAGUCUUAUGGCGUGCUCUUGCGACAAGCCCAGCCACUGAGUUUCUCCACAUCCCACUCUUCAUAAACCUUGUCCUCUGGCUUUUAGCAUUAGCAGUCCUAUUUUGUGUCUCCUUCACCUAUAUUCUCAAAACUCUCUUCUACUUUGAAGCAGUCAAAAGAGAGUACUUCCACCCUGUGAGAGUCAACUUCUUCUUUGCUCCUUGGGUUGUAUGCAUGUUCUUAGCCCUUGGUGCACCACCAACUUUGUUCCCUAAUAAACUCCAACCUGCAAUUUGGUGCACCUUCAUGUUACCCUACUUUCUUCUGGAACUCAAGAUCUAUGGACAGUGGCUUUCGGGUGGGAAGAGGCGUCUUUGUAAGGUGGCCAAUCCAUCUUCGCAUCUCUCAGUGGUUGGAAACUUUGUUGGGGCAAUUUUGGCUGCCAAGGUUGGGUGGAAGGAGCCUGCCAAGUUCUUGUGGGCAGUAGGCUUUGCACAUUACUUUGUGGUCUUUGUUACUUUGUAUCAGAGAUUGCCAACAAGUGAAGCGUUGCCGAGGGAGCUCCAUCCGGUGUAUUCCAUGUUCAUUGCUGCCCCAUCAGCCGCAAGUAUGGCUUGGCAGAACAUUUAUGGUGAUUUCAAUGAGGUGUCGAGGACCUGCUACUUCAUCGCACUGUUUCUCUAUAUUUCACUGGUCGUGAGGAUCAAAUUCUUCACAGGGUUUAGAUUUUCGGUGGCUUGGUGGGCAUACACCUUUCCAAUGACAACAUUCUCAGUUGCCACCAUUAAGUAUGCAGAAGAAGUACCGUCAGUUCUAACCAAGGGCCUCGCAGUUACUCUUUCUUUCAUGUCAUCAACAACGGUGUCUGUACUGUUUGUGUCCACUCUUCUUCAUGCCUUUGUUUGGCACACAUUGUUUCCUAAUGAUCUUGCCAUAGCCAUAACAAAGAGAAGACUUGGCAAGUUCAAAAAGGCCUAUGAUAUAAAGCGCUGGACAAAGCAGGCUCUAACCAAGAACAAUAUAGCAGCAAAGGUUUCUGAUGGAGGGAAAGAAGACAGAUUAUAUCCAUAGAAGCAGGCUAGGGACCAAUACAAAUGAUCUUAUUACUCAGCUUAUACCCAAAGAUGCUAUGAUCUUAUUACUUAGGGACCAAUAGAAAUGAAUCUUGUACUUUAAUUAGUAAAGAUAUAAGCUAGAGAGACUGAGCCACAGCAACCUGGUCCUUGUCAGAUUAAAUUUUGCAAGGCCAUAUCAGUACUUUAAAUGGCAAUUACAUAUAAGAAAAUGCUGUAAGGGUUUGUUCACAACAUUUACCUUACAGUAAAGAUAUAAGCUAGAGAGACUGAGCCACAGCAACCUGGUCCUUGUCAGAUUAAAUUUUGCAAGGCCAUAUCAGUACUUUAAAUGGCAAUUACAUAUAAGAAAAUGCUGUAAGGGUUUGUUCACAACAUUUACCUAUUGAGCACAUAACUGCAUUGUGUAUAUUUCCCCUUGACUAAUCACAAUUACCUGUGUUGAAUACUAUCAAAAAGAUAGAAGAUGUAAGAGAUGGCCUUAACAGCUAGCUGUACAACACCGGCCUUUAGAGAUGUUUAUUGGAUUACUAAAAUCUACAAAUUGGUGAAAUGAAAAAGCUGGUUUGGCAUGUCUGGAACUGUUAACAUGGCUUCCAUCUUCACCAAAAGGGUUUCAUAGUCUUUUGAAGCAUUAUUCCGCAA